AUGAUGGCUUUGGACCUCGAGAAACAGCUCGUCUUUUAUGGCGCUUACCACCACAAUCCGGUUAACAUCCGUAUACACAUGAUUUUCGUUCCCAUCAUCCUCAUCACUAGUAUCCAAAUACUUUCAAACACACCGACACUCAUACCCCUACCGGAAUUUCUCCAAUACAAAUACCUUCCCCUCAACGCCGGCACAAUCCAGUCCCUCAUCUACGCCCUAGGCUACGUCCUCCUCGAACCUGUCGUCGGUCUCGUAUGCGUUCCUACUCUGUUAGGUGCCGCCGCCUACAUGAACUACCUAACCAUGACCUACGGCGCGACUGCCACUUCUUGGUCCUCGGGAAUCUUCAUUGUCGCAUGGAUUGCCCAAUUUGUUGGCCAUGGAGCCUACGAGGGACGAUCGCCGGCAUUGUUGGAUAAUCUGUUUCAGGCGCUGUUUUUGGCGCCGCUGUUUGUGUUUUUGGAGUAUUUGUUUAUGUUUGGAUACCGGCCGGAGUUGCAGCGGAGGGUGGAGGCGGAGGUGCAGAAGAAGAUUGCGCAGUUGAAUGGGGGGAAGAAUAAGUGA